UUACCACCGUCUCCUCUCCUUCCCUAUAAGAAUGCACAGUGGCAUGACUCUGUCGUAGACUAGAGACUAGAGAGAGAGAGGAUGGGAGUGAUGAAGAAGUGGGCGUCGCUGAAGAAGAAGAAGCAUCAGCAGCAGCAAGAUGGGGAACAAGUGACGGCCAAAGAAACACAGACAUGGCGGCGAUUAAAGAAUCUGUUUUCAACGUCGUCGUCGUUUAAGUGGAAGUCAGUGGAGAUAUUGCAGACGGAGAUAGUGGACGGAGUAGUUUUCAAGGUGUUGUAUGUAGUCGAAGCUCUCGUUCUCGUUUCAACUCUCUGCUUCUUCUACCUCUGUUGUGGAUGCCACAUCUAAUUCUUUUCUUCUUCUUUUUCAAUUAUUUUUUUGGAUUCAUCAUACAUCUUUUCUCUCUUUCGUAUUUUUAGUUUUAGUCUCAAUUUUUUACACAUAAGCUUAUAUGUAAUUUGAUGUUUCCAUUAGUAGAUUUAUGUAGUUCUACAGAAUAAAUUUGAGAUUAUAAUAUUUUUAAGUUUCGA